UUCUUCUUCUUCUUCUUCAUCUUCGUCUUGAAGCUCCCCCACUCACAAAACCAAAUCUCUGAGAAUCAAAAGCCAUUUUCCUCAUCAAUCAAGCUGGAGUGGAAGAAAGGGAAAGGGAACCCAUUCGUGAGGGGAAUAAGAUCGAGGUUAAAGCCAAAACCAAUGCCUUUGAAUGUAGUCAACGAUCGUGAUGGUUCUUCCCGCAUUCUUUUGACCGACCCUGGCGGAUCCACUGCUGAGGUGCUUCUCUUUGGAGGACAAGUAGUUUCUUGGAGAAAUGAAAGGAGAGAGCAGCUGCUUUACAUGAGCAGCAAGGCGCAACUGAAACCACCCAAGGCAAUCAGGGGAGGAUUACCUGUCUGCUUUCCACAGUUUGGAAAUCUCGGUGCACUUGAGCGACAUGGAUUUGCUCGUAAAAGAUUCUGGUCAUUUGACAAUGAUCCGUCACCUCUGCCUCCUGCUAACCAGCAAUCAACUGUUGAUCUAGUACUCAAGUCUACUGAAGAUGAUUUGAGGAUAUGGCCUCAUAGCUUUGAACUAAGAGUUCGCAUUUCUAUCAGUCCUGGAAAACUUACUAUCAUCCCGCGUGUGAGGAACACUGACCCAAAAGCUUUCUCCUUCACCUUUGCACUUCAAAACUACUUAUAUGUAUCAGACAUAAGUGAAGUUCGGGUUGAGGGUCUGGAGACACUUGAUUAUCUGGACAACUUGAUGCGCAGAGAAAGAUUCACAGAGCAGGCAGAUGCAAUUACCUUUGACGGCGAGGUUGAUAGAGUGUAUUUGAACACGCCAACAAAGAUUGCCAUCAUAGACCAUGAGAGAAAGAGAACUAUCGAGUUGCGAAAGGAAGGCAUGCCAAAUGCAGUUGUGUGGAACCCUUGGGACAAGAAGGCCAAGAGUAUUGCAGAUAUGGGAGAUGAGGAUUACACAACGAUGCUGUGCGUAGAUUCAGGGGCUAUAGAAACCCCAAUCGCGUUGAAGCCACGUGAAGAGUGGAAAGGGAGACAAGAACUCUCUAUUGUCUCCUCAAGCUACUGCAGCGGUCAGCUUGAUCCGCGCAAGGUUCUUUACGGGGAUCACUGAUAUCAUCAUUACAUAUAAAUUAAUAUGAAAUCAUAAUUUGGAAACAUCACCACCAGUCUUAUAACAUAAUCGUCGUAAUGGAUGCCCAAACAAAGCUGAUAUGAUAUGAUUAGUUUGGAGCUA